AUGGCGAUCGAACAGCAAAUCGACGGCCUGUUGCGCCAUGUCGGACUCCGCGUCGACCACGGCCUGACGCCUCUUUCGGCCGCGCUCGUCGUUCUGGCGGGCGUCGGUGCCUUGACAGCCGCGACGUUCGUGCUGCGUCUCACGCAGCUCUUCGCCGACGUCUAUGUGCUGCCUGGCCAGUCGGUGUCCAAGUUCGGAGCGAACAAGAAGGACUUUUCCAAGGCGACGUGGGCGGUGGUGACGGGUGCUACGGAUGGCAUUGGGCGCGAGUUUGCGCUGCAGCUCGCCAAGAAGGGCUUCAACAUCCUGCUGGUGUCGCGCAGCCCGGAGAAGCUGGGUGCUGUUGCUGCCGAGAUCGAAGCGGCUACGCCGGGCGUUCGAACCAAGACGCAGGCGAUCGACUUUGCCCUGGGCGACGAGCGUCAGUACGAAGGCCUCCAACAUACCGUCAAGGACCUCAACAUCGGUGCACUGAUCAACAACGUGGGCAAGUCGCACAACAUGCCGGUCAACUUUGCCGAAACUGCAGAGGACGAGAUGGAGGACAUUAUCGAGAUCAAUGUCGUCUCGAUCCUACGUGUCUCGCGUAUGAUCAUCCCCGGCAUGGUCGCACGUAAGCGCGGUCUCGUGCUGAACCUCGGCUCAUUCGCUGGUCAAGUUACCACGCCCAUGCUGGCGACUUAUGCUGGAUCCAAGGCUUUUCUUAGCGCUUGGUCCCAGGCUCUGGGCGAGGAGCUGCGCAGGAGCAACAUCACCGUCAGCCUGCUCAACACGUACUUUGUGGUGUCCAACAUGUCCAAGGUGCGCAAGGCGAGCGCCAUGAUCCCCACGCCCAAGCAGUACGUUGCGCAGGCACUCAAGUCGAUCGGACGCAACGGCGGUGCGGUCGGAAGACCCUAUACUUCGACGCCUUGGCCUAUGCACGCUAUCGUGGACUGGGCUACCUCCACCAUCCUCCCGCGCGGCUGGCUGCUCAACUACACGUACGGCCAGCAGGUCGCCAUCCGCAAGCGCGCCAUUCGAAAGGCCGAGAAGCUCGCAAAGUCGACCUAG